AUGAUGGACGCGUAACGAACACAGGAAGAAAAUUUACCGAGGACACAUAAAUAUCGAGGAAAAUUCUAGAUAUGCCGUGUUUGGCGCCGCGAGAUAUCGGACGAGCGACGAACGGGGCGCGCGUGUUCCAGCUUGCAGCUAUUUUUAUUCAUUAUUCUCGGUCUGUCAGCAGGUGUAUUUGAGCGAAGGGAACAAGAUGGGCGAGAGAAUGAAUCUCCGGCCCGUUUCAAAUAUCGAUCGAAAUGUAACACGCCACGGAAUCUAUUAACGUUUCCCUGGCAAUAUCGCAUUCUCCAUCUUAAAGAACAGAUUGAAUUCCGCGCGAUUCCAGCAGACGAAGCGUGCUUUCAUUUCGCCAUGGAUCAUUGCUUACGAUAAUACGGUUUCCGUGCAACGAAACAACGAAGAAUCGGAACAUGAAAUCGACAGAAAUUAAUCGUACUUUCUUUUUCGAUGUCACAACCGUCUGGUUUUACACGUAGCACCUCUUUCGACAACGCUGGUUUCGAACAUGAAAUUCGAUAAAUUUUGCGAUAUAGAAAAAUUGCUGGCAAACCGAUCCGCAUUGAUAACGAACGAACGCGUUCGUUCGAGUUUAAGGAGCAGGUGGCUCGAAGGAGAAAAUUGGCUACAAGAUUCUAUGAAAAUAGAAAACACGAAGUACGCUAAUUAUAUACCUUCAUAAAGGAAGCAGACUCGACAACAUGAAUUCGAGCGGGGAGUCAGGCGGCACGAUGACCGAAGACUACGAGGUAACAGGCUGCGGGCCGCCGGAAGAGGAAACAGGAUCAAACUUGCCAGUUUGGGAAGCCGCAGCUGCCUCUUUGACACUAGGCUUCCUCGUUCUAACCACGGUACUCGGCAACGCGUUGGUGAUCCUCAGCGUGUUCACCUACAGACCUCUGAGAAUCGUUCAGAACUUCUUCAUCGUUUCGCUGGCGGUGGCCGAUCUCGCGGUCGCCAUCUUAGUGAUGCCUUUCAACGUCGCCUAUCUUCUUCUGGGCAAGUGGAUCUUCGGUAUACACCUUUGUAAAUUGUGGUUAACCUGCGACGUGCUCUGUUGCACCGCAAGUAUACUGAAUCUGUGCGCGAUCGCGCUCGAUCGUUACUGGGCGAUCACCGAUCCUAUCAAUUACGCGCAGAAACGAACGCUGAAGAGAGUUCUAGCGACGAUAGCGGGCGUGUGGAUAUUGUCCGGUGCGAUCAGUUCGCCGCCUUUGGCUGGUUGGAACGACUGGCCGGAAGAAUUGGAGCCAGGGACACCGUGUCAGUUGACCAGAAGACAGGGCUACGUGGUUUACUCGUCGUUAGGCUCCUUCUUUAUUCCUCUGUUAGUGAUGAGCCUGGUGUAUCUCGAGAUCUUCCUAGCAACGAGAAGAAGACUGAGAGAACGGGCCAGGCAAAGUAGAAUAAACGCCGUGCAAUCGACCAGACAUCGCGAGGUAGACGACGCGGAAGAGUCUGUCAGUUCGGAAACCAACCAUAACGAAAGAUCGACGCCUCGAUCGCACGCCAAACCAUCGUUGAUCGACGACGAACCGACCGAGGUAACGAUAGGAGGUGGCGGCACAGUGACCACGUCCUCCUCCAGGAGGACAACCGGUGGCCGAGCACCGGCGACAACCACCACCGUGUAUCAAUUCAUCGAGGAACGACAAAGAAUCUCGUUGUCGAAGGAGAGACGAGCCGCGAGGACGCUGGGCGUGAUCAUGGGCGUUUUCGUCGUCUGCUGGCUACCGUUCUUCCUCAUGUACGUGAUCGUACCGUUCUGUCCGGCGUGUUGUCCAUCGGACCGGAUGGUCUACUUCAUCACGUGGCUCGGUUACGUGAACAGCGCGCUCAAUCCGCUCAUCUACACGAUCUUCAAUCUCGACUAUAGAAGAGCGUUCAGGAGGCUGCUACGCAUUCGUUGAACCACGAACCGGCUGCUUAGUUCUAUUCCGAGACUGUGAGAGACAUUGCCGUUCGUUCUCGUUGCCGUUACGCUCGCCGGGUGCACCGCGAACGACGGCGAAACUUCGACCCGCUUGAGAUUGAUCGUCGAGCAAGACGACAACAACCACGCGAACAUCGCAGUUCGACUGGAGUUUUUCGGGACCGAGAUCGAGGACGACGAAUACGCUACCACGAUCGUUGUUUCGCGCCACGACACGGUAUAUGGCUUCGCGGUUCCACGAUGCGACGAGGUCGUGGAAAAAUUUGAACGAAAACGUGUUUCGCGUUUGCUGGGUGAAAAUCUAUCGGUACAUAGCGCGAACGACGAUAUGUCGCGACGCCCGUGCACAAUUUACGGACGUUAGAUGAAUUUUCAGUGGCGAGAACGUCGAUUUUACCGGGACGAGAUAACGAGAGCGAAGCAAACUGCGAGUUCGAAUCGCGCGGCAUAGAUUAAGCGACCAAACGGCGAGCGCGAUAGUCUAAUUUACCGACGAUAUUCUCGCAAAAGGUCGUUUCAUUAAAGUUGUUCCAUUAAUUCUGCAAAGCGAGCGAGGGAAGAAGGCGCGCGGAUAAGGAAUCUUAAGGAAAUGAAAUCUCCAAGCUGGAUCGUCUCGCGAUCGUUCGUUCCCUUCGUUGGGCGUCGUUACUUGGGUGCUUUAAGUCGUAGAAUAAACUCGCAGUGGACCUUCGUUUCGCGAACAAUCGCAGCAGGAAACGAAUUCGAUCCGUUCAACGUUCGUUCGAUCGGUCGGUCGGGCUCGUCCAAACAGGUAGUCGAUUCAGUCCGAUGCAUUGAAUAGGCAACGUUUUCAAGUAGUACGAGUCGCGCGCAGAUUCGACCACGCCAUCGAGUCGAUCGUUCCAUUUUCUAUCGAGCCUCGUAAAAUAUCGCUCCCCUGGGAACGGAAGAAUUUCAAGAUGCCCGAUGAAUCGAUGGGAAUACGAGCCUUUCGAAUUUUCUCUUCGCGCAGCUUUCCAGCUUUUUUCUCGCGAUACUCGCGGAUAAAGAGUUGACGUUCGUUUCGUAUACGUUUUCGCCUCUCCUUUUCUCCAAUUCGAUCGAGUUUUAGAAUAAUACGAGAGACGGUGGAAACGACGGAUCGGGCGAUGACGCGUCGAUGAGAAUCGAAACACGGCCAGUGCGUUCUUCUCGUUUGCCGAUCUCAAAGAGAUUCGCGUUUACGAGUAGGAAUUUUCUACGAAAUCGACCAAGACUCCAGUUAAGACGUUUAGAAGAUAGAAUAUACGUAUCCUAGGGUGGUAAUGUAACUCGCUUACCGAAUGAGAUCGUGCACAAGGCGGAUACAACCCGUUCGAGAUUCUCUAGCGCUCUUUUAAUAGCAAAAAACGAGCGGCGAUUAAUUCGCGGAACAAUAGACACGGUUACCUUCCUCUUGGCCGAUGAUCGUUCUCUUAAAUAGUCCUCGUAAAAAGAACGUUUUGUUUAAAGUCAGCUGCUUCGCUUCGUCCACGUUCAACCUUGCAUUCUUCAAAGAAUCUUCUGGACAAAGUGUCGCCGAGACUACUGAAUUCAUGGUCGGACAGCCAAUUGAAAAUAUCUCGGGACUCGACAGUUGCAACCGAAUCGAAGUUGGACUUUUUUUUUUUAACUACGUCUUUAAUUAGAUAAGCAAUUUUAAAUUAUCAAGUUGAGGUAAUUCUUUGUAUCGGUGAUGGUUUGCUAUUAAUUUCGAAAGGAAGCGUUCGAAAUGAUCGAACAGGUUAAUUUUUGUACCGAUAGAAAAAUCUCGCACAUAUAUCCGUAGAAUCGAGAACGGGGUAUGUGAUGGACGAGUGGAGCUCGUUAGCCGAGUCGUUGUAACGAGAUCAACGUGGUUGAUUGUUGUCGAUUUUUCUUGGAGCGUGGUCGAGGUUUCGAGGAAAAACUUUCACUGGAGCAUCGAUCCUCCCUGGAGGAGAAAAAACGAAGAGUAAAGACUUUGGUAUUUUCUUGGCAACGAUAACGAGCGAGAGAUGUCGCGUAUUCUUAAAUGUGCGGUAGACGUUACUCACUCCGUUCGUUAUUAAUCGCAAGUGUUAUGGUUGUGAAUAUCGAUAACGAAAGAAAGAAUCCAAGUGCGAGAAGAAAAAGGUUACCGUUGAAAGAGAAGAAGGAAAAAGGUGAAAAAAGCGUCGAUUCGCUAUCGACGAAGACGUCGUCGAUUCGACGCGAAAUUACGUUCGUAACACGUAUAGACGCGCCAAAGGAAGGAAUUAUGCGACGCGAGUAGGAGAAUGUUGCGACGGUCUGCAUGUGUCUGUGUAUAAAAAUUAUAUGUAUGUCACCUCCAGUCUUCUUUCCACGAGCAGCGAUAACGAGCACACGAAACGGAAGCGCUCGUACGCGAAGGAAAUCGAAAAAGUUGCCUCUUCGUGCCUCAACGUUCGCCGGUCCUUUAAUUAAGUAAAAGCUCUGGCGCUCGUCGAGCGCGAAAAAGAAAGCCUCGUAUACUAGAUACAUAUCGAUGGCUCGGACAGUAUAAAAUAACGAUACGCGAUCGUUUACCGAGCACACCGAUUCGUGGUAUAAUAAUACAAUGGUGCGCGCGAAUCAGUUCGUUAAUAGGACACGGGGAACAACGCGCGCCGCUGAUGAAACACGGCAUAACGUACCGUCGUAUCGGCGAAUGAUUGAAGCGCGAGGAGUUAAAUUAAAACGAGUCGUUACCGAUCAACGAGGGAACAGGUGACACGUUUGCUGUCCCCUCGAGUGUCGCGCCAAAUCGAAUAAAGUAACGCGAAAGUUAAAAAGGUAUAGAACGAAGGGAAAAAGAUUAAAAAGAAAAAAAAAAGAAAGAAAGAAGAGAGAAAAACACAUGGCAAAAAAGAAAAGCAUUAGCGGGGGACGUAUGGUAGGUUACUGGUGUGAAAGGAGAUCGCGCGAAAGGCUGGUUAAUUCAAAAAACUCGACCUCGUCACCAGGGCGCUCUAUAAUAAGGUUGUGAUAAGGUUGUGAGAACACGUUCGUAGCCGUGCUACGAACGCUACAAGAUUUUUAAUUAUUAGGAUAGACAAAUGAAUAUUACUUUAUUCGUGGCACUGUCCAAACGCGGCACGAAUUCCUAUCCAAGAGCGAAUUAAGCGCGACUUUUCAACAGUUUUAAUUGGACGUUGAAUCCGAUCCCAGAUCUGCGUUUCUUUAAUCCUUUGCAUGGAUUUCCCUACGUUCCCGUUUCUUGCUUCGCUCUCUUCGCUUUGUUCUCUCCGUGUCAUCCGAUCGUCGUCAAGGUUACAGUCUUCUCUCCGUUCUCUUCCUCGCUUUUAAAAAUCACGAAUGUUUUCUUUCUCCUCUUCCGACUCUCUCUUUUUCUCUGUCUCGCGCUUUCUUUUCUUCCUUUUUUUUUUUUUGUUUUUUUUUAUUUUAUUUUAUACGCGUUUGUCUUUUUUACGAGAAUAGAUUCCGGUAACGCGACAGUGAAUAUUACGAGAAGCUGACUCGAUUUACAGCAAAACUGGACUUCGCAUUCUCUCCAAGUGCUCGUAAAACGCAAGCUAUAUCGCUCCCCUUCCAUCCCUGUUAAACUCGGAAACGACGAGUCAGACUCGGUUAUCGCAAAUUUUCUCCAUUACCACUUUCACGUCGAUCGCGUACAUUCGAAUCGUUGACCAGACGAAGAGCGAAUUUCGCGAGCCACUGGUCACCGAUGAGACCGUUGUUCCUUUGCUUUCUCUAAUCAGCUAUUCCGAGACAAUUGCUCGCUGCUACGUUAUUUCGACGAGAUCGCCUCCUCUCUUCUCUCGUUAGCUACCUCAUUUAUGCAAGCCUCCGCAUUAUCUUUUUAAUACCAGCGAUAUUAUCUCGCUUAUGAUUCUCUUUUCCAACGGAAUGUUCGACGGUAGAGCAACACGUGUUACAACGCGUUCGCAUUUAAAAACUGCCGGCGAUCAAUGCGCGAUACCCGCAUCGUAAAAAAGAGCCAUGGGAAAUUUGUUCGCUGGUCGAUCCUUCUAUCGUUCGCUGUUCCAUCGAAGAAGAACGAAAGAAAUAUGCCAAACGAGAGACGCGAGCAAAAAAAAAACAAAUAAAAAACAUGAGAAUUGAAAAAAAAAAAGUACAUUUUAUACAGCGUCCGGAAAAUCGUAUUUCCUGACUGACUGAUGCGUACGGGACGUGUUUUAUUUUUCACGGAAGGACGCGUUUUCACCGGUUAUUUUUUCUUUUUUCUUCUCUUUUUUUUUUUUUUUUUUUUUUUUUUUUGAUUGCACGAAACGUUCGUUGCACGAAAUACACGCGUGCCACGAGCAAACGUGGCUAGAAUUAGCGUAAUUACGCGUUGUUGGGCAAUUAGAAAAUUGUUUCGAACAAUAUCUACCCGUACCAAUCGAUUCGUUCUCGUCCGUUUCCAUUUGUUCCUUCGUGUCCUGGCAGUUUGCGUGCCCUUUUACGCUUGUUUCACUGAUAGUCCGCGACAGGUGCGACGAAUGGUACACUCUCUUCGCUGUCUUGUCGAACAACCGAACUGCGCCCAUAGAAUUUCAAAUUACUCGAUCCCGUAAUUUCUCUUCCUAUUUUCUUUUUCUUCGCCCGUUCCUUUCCUGAACGUUUCACCAGAAUUAUUCCAUCUCGAAACGACGAUGGCCAAACGAAAUCAGUUUCAUUUCAACGUUUUCGUCCCAGUCCUGUCGACUAAUUCGACGCAAACGGUGUGUUUCUUUCGUCGGUCGAAGGAAUUGGAGUCCGUCCCCUCGAUAAUACUUUCGAUCUCGAAACUUUUUACGUACGUAUAUAUACGUUGCGAUUACUUUCCAGAAUCUACACGGAUGCGUAACGUACCGUUUAGACGAGAGGCGAUCGUCUUCUCGGGGGAAAGCGAUCGAGGUCGUAAGAUUUUGCUCGUCGUAAGAUCUCGCCGAUCGUUCUUGGAUGGGAAGUUCGGCAGUGCGUAGAAAUAUUAUUGUACUACAUGAUAUAUUACAUUAAAGCAUUGCAUUUACUUAUACAUCGGUAUCAGCAGAUUGAUUUUCGAGAAACGUAUCACGGAUCGACGCGCAGGAUAAAUUCCUUCGUCCAUUUCUCUUUCUUCUAUGUCUCUUUUCACCAUUGACCUCUUUCCUCUUUGCCGAUCGUAUGCUUUGUAAAAUCGACCAGCAUACGGAUAUUUUUAAGAAAUUCUGUCCGACUCGCGGCUUUUUUCCGCGACUGUUUUUUAUACGUUCGCCACACGAAAACAAGCUGCAAAUUGAUCCGCGAUAUUCCAUGACGAUCUUAUAUAUAUAUAUAUAUAUAUAUACAUAUGAAUUAUUACAUAAAAUUGGGCCUGGUUGCCCGAUCGAGAGAAACACUACGCUAGAUACGUAUAACAUAUACAUAAAUAUAUUAUAUAUAUACAUAUACACAUCUAGUUAUUAAACUAAUACUCCAUUGGUUGUGAUUUACAAGUAUAGCAAUACAGCUCGAGUCCGGCGAACCGAUUCGCGCCAUGGAGCUUCUCUCUCCGAACGAAUUUAUUACAUUAAACGCGUGUCCCGGUGGAGCGAAUUUUUCGAGGAUGUUUAACGUCGAGCGUAAUUUCACAGACUUGUCUCCUAAUUUAAACCCGUGUUCGCAGUUUAAAAGUAGCCGGUAAACCAUCCAAGUAAUUUAAGACUACACCCGCGUCGUUUAACGAUAGCCAUUCGUCUCGUACGUUUUGUGCAUUUGUCACCUGUAAAUCCGUUACAACGGAAAAUAGAAAAAUUCGUACGCUCGAAAAGCAUGCACACCGUUCGUUAUGCCGCGAAUAACAUUAUAACGGAAACAUCGCGUACUCUAAAUCAACGGAUUUUUAUCUGGCCUCCCGAUGUUAAUUAAAUAUUCACGAGGACACGCUGAUGAAAUAAAAUCGUUGACGAAGUUAGCCCACCCUCCCGCCGCGUUUCAAGCGUGUUCGUUUGCAUAUAAAAAUUUCAAAAAUACCUCGAAACCUGGUUCUUGCUCUUUCGAUCACCGUUCCCGCGACAAGCUUGCUUUCGAAUUCGCUUGUUAAAUUCUCGUAAACCCGUUCGUUGCGGCUCGAUUGUCGCGCAAAUGUUCCUGGCAAACGGAGAAGUAGCCGAAACUCGAGCAUAGCGACCAAUCGAGUCCUUCAAACGCGCUUACCGAAUAAUCGGCAACCUCUGCGUACGCGCGUGCUUUGAUCAAUGUCACUACCGCGAAAGUUUUAACGAACUUGAACCAUCACAUUCGUCGAUACGAAUAAACGAUGAAUUUCGAUCGUACGACGAGUCGCAUCUAGUUUUAUUUAAGACGAAGGGCAGAGGAGAAAAGGCUCCGAUCGCGCCCCGGAAGCGCGGACCAUCGAGCGUUCGUGCGAGCCUGCCGCUUGAGUGUGUAAAUAUUCAAACAAUAUCGGCGAAAAAGAUAGCAAAAAAUGCAUUCGUGUACGUGUACGACUAGUAUGUGGAGCGUAGCGUGAAUGGUAAAUCGAUCGAAGCGAUCGUCGAUCGUCUUCUCCAACGUGGGCAACCUUGUUAAACCGGAAGCGGAAAAAUCACUGUCGAUGCAUCGGAGGACGCACGAAAUUUCCACACGGAUCCAGCGUGGCGAUUUUUUAAACGUUUCGCGUAUAUUCGAUCUUCGUUAUUGGCGCGCAUUCGCGACUUUGAAAAAGUAGAAGAAACGGAAUAAAAUAAAAGGAAAAAGCGGAGAAGAGACACACAGAGUGGGAAUUUUCAAGCUCGUACGAGAUUCGUUACUUUCGGACCGAAUACGCCUCUCUGUGUCAUCCACGAAGCCCCAAUAUCGCAAAGUGCCCUUCCCGGUGAAUCACUUUAAUUAUUUUCAAGCCGGAAGACCCGCGUAUCUAAUUUCCAUAUUUCGUAUUUCGCGUUUCACGUGGAUUAACCCUGCACCACCACCACCGCCAUCGCCGAAGUGGCGUAUAGACAGCUCGACUAUACGAUUCUCGUCCAAUUUCACGACCUUUAAGCUUCGUUUGGACGCGCGAUCCUUGAACAAACACGCGAAAUGCGUCGGAUCUAACCAGAUUUGCUAGAAAACUUUGUUCACGGUCUCUUUCCUUUAUAUUUCUUUUCUUUCUUUUUACCACAGACGUCGUUCUCUCCGGUUAAAUUCCAUCGGACAACAAUUAUUUCGUCAAUAGUCGACUUAUUUAUUCGCGCGAUUCUUCGUUAUUCGCGCAUUGCAACGUUCCUGUUUCAUAGGAAAUGGUGCGACCAAUCAUUUCUGCUAUAUCUCCGCAUCGGAAUAUCCGUGUCAUAAUUAUUCCGAGGAUAAACGCGUUACAUUUCCAUAGCAAUAUUUUUAAUCGCUGAAAUACGCAAGGUUUAAUUACACGGAAAUUAUGCGCGACAAUUUUUUUAAAAGAUCGUACGUGGAUAAUAGGGGGGAAAAAUAGGCGAAACACGGUUGUUAUCGUUGUCCGUUACGAACGGUUCUUGACUCGGGAUUUUCGUGCGUCCGCCGUGUGAAUGAAAAAUGAGGAAGAAAUAAAAAAAGAUACGGAACAAAAAAUAUGUAUAUAUAUACACAAAAACACACGCACACACACGCAUACCAGUAUAUACCAGUAAAAUGUGGAAACCCUU